AUGGUUUUCCAGCUCCCGUCGGCUGUUGAUGCAGAAGCCAUCGCGGUGAUCUGCUACUCCUUCAUCUGCUUCUUCUCCAACGUCUUGCUGCUGUGGCUGCUCUGGACGCACAACGACAGGACAAGCUACAUUGCCUGCAUCUCGUACGCCACCCUCGUCAUCACCACAACCAGCAUCUGCCAGCAGUUCUACGAUUACGCUUUCUGGGUGGACAUUUUGACGGACCAGUUCUACUACGCGAGAGAGAACGCCGACAAUGCCGAAGUUCAAUACCACAAGGGAUCACGGGGUAUCAAGCUCGUCUUGAGCUAUGUCCGCAUCUUUGGUUUCACAAUCGCGUCCACCUUUGUCUUCUUCUUUGCUUUGUCCCUAGCUGCGAGUGUUUAUGGCUGGUUUGCCACGACGCCGAGGACGACGCACACCAUCUCCAUCAUCGGAAGAACUCUGCCCGUUAUUCUCACGAGCAUAACCGUCGGCCUGAUGCUUUCAACCCCUGCUCAAAACUCGUUUCUCGUGUACAUGUUUGUUGCCAAUACCCAAUUCGUCCUCAGUCUCUUUGGAAGCGCCAUUCUGCUUCUCAUGAUUUUGAUCAGAUACGUCCACUCGCGAAGGACUCUCACUACGUGGAACAUUCUUUACGGAAACGCCGACUCGUCGCUGCCGAGCAGCAAUGACGACGGCGGAAGCAAGGCGCGGUCCGUCUGGCUCGGCAGCGGCUCGAGCCGAGGUGGACGGAGUCGGGCCUACAGCGGAGCUGGUGCCAACAAGACAUAUGAUAGCUGGCUCGUGAUGCGGCUUUCCAUCGCCUUUGCGGUCCUCUGCGUCUUCGAAUACACAAACGUCAUCCCGCGCAUCGCGGCAGCCAGCCACACCAUCGAUACAGCCGACAACCUGCAGCCCGACCUCAGCCUCAAGCGAGCACGAUCGAGCGUCCGGGGCUACGUGCCCGGCGUCACCCCGAGCCUGGUCGCCUUUCUCGUCUUCGGGACGACCAAGACGUUCCAGCGCAAGAUCUACGACGCCUUCGUCCCGAAACGGUUCCGGCGGAAGCACCGACAGCUGAAGCGGAACCUGUCCAUCUCCUUUGGGAACUCGGCACCCUCCCCGCCGCAGCGGCCGGUCCGGCCACCUCGCCCCGCGGACGAGUUUUCUCUGGCCGACUUGAGCCCCAGGUUCACUCAGAGCGGCAGCUACAGCCCUCGAUUCGCCCCCGACGGGAACUUGAGCCCGAGGUUCCCCCACGGCCCGCAGUCGAAUCCCGCGUCGAGGCUCGGCACGCCGAGGUUUCCACCCGCUGACUCCCACACUCCAUCGGGUCACUUGAGUCCAGGGCUGGUCGCGCCUAGUCCUCGGGCUAUGAGCCCUGGGGUCAGUCCGAGUUUGCACUCCAAGUUCUCGAUUUAUGGAAGGCCUGAUGCAAGGGACAAGGCGCUCCCGAGGACGCCUUACGACUAA